ACACUAUACUUACCAAACGGAAACGAAUUUCAUAUACCCGCAAAGAUACUAAUGCAGUUCGAAUUGAGAGUCAAGGUGCGAGUAUACAAUAUUUGCUUUUCAUUGAUCAUAUUCGAGUAGCGUGAGGUUCAGUUGGAACGAGAUCGUCUUAAAGUGCGAACACGUAUUGUGGAAAAGUUCGUUGUCGUUUUUUCUGUGAUUUUUUUUUGGUGAAAAAUGGAAACCGAAACUGUGUUCGAUCGGAUUCACAGCAAUAUUGAAUCAACCCUUCGUUAUGUGCCAGAAACUGUAUCACCAUUUUCGAUGAUAGUUAUGCUAAUCGGUUAUCUGUAUUGCGUCCUGAAACAAGGUCCCAAAUUCAUGAAGAACAGAAAGGCCUACGAUUUACGGAGUGUCAUUCUAGUGUAUAAUUUUCUACAAAUUGUAGCAAAUACCAUGCUUGUUGUUACGGGAGCAUUUAUGAUGUGGUACGCCCAAGACAGUUACGUUUGCUUGAAACGUAACCCGUUGUACCUGAAGAUGGCCGUUCUGUACUAUACGCUUAAGUGCUGUGACCUGAUCGAGACCAUAAUUUUUGUGCUGCGAAAGAAGGCCAAUCAAGUGUCCAUGCUGCACGUAUACCAUCAUUUGAUGGUAAUCAUUGGCACGUACAUUGAAUUGGUAUUUAGUCCUAGCGGUCACAAUAUGUUGCCUGGCCUGAUGAACUGUUGCGUUCAUGCUGUUAUGUAUUCGUACUACUUUAUGAGCGCUUACGAUCCUGAUUUAAUGAAACUGGAAUCGUUCAAACGAUGGAAAAAGACGGUGACGCAAAUACAAUUAGUACAAUUUGCCGUCGCAAUGGUUCAUUAUAUUUGGCCUCUGGUUUUCGGACAUUGUAACAUGCCACCAGUGUUCAGUUUGUUUUGUAUUUCACAAGACAUUGUGAUGAUAUAUCUGUUUGGUAGAUUUUAUGUGAAAACAUAUGUUCAUAAUGAUAAAACUAAAUAAAUUUUUGGAGAUAGAUGAUUAUGU